UAAACAUUUAAACCGCGUUGAAUUUUGCUUGUGACGAAUACACGAAGAAGAAACUCGUUUAAUAUUUAAACUUUGUGUAAAUAUAAAUAUAUUCUUGAAUAUAAAUUUUAAAAAUAAUUUUUCAUCUUAUUAUGAGAGAUCGAAGGGUGAAGUCAGACGCUGUUCCUGAGGAAGUCAUGUGCGACGAAGCUUUCGUCUAUACGGAUCCUUUUCACGGGAAUAACUUUUUAAAAAAACUUCAAGAGUUAUACUUACACGAAGAACUAUGCGAUAUAAAACUUAUGGUGGAAAGCAAAGAAAUUUUGACACAUAAGUCAGUGUUAGCAGCUAACAGUCCUUAUUUCGAAGGUAUGUUUCUUGGUAAAUUAAUCGAGUCCACGAAAGAUCAAGUGCAUAUAAAAGGAAUAAGUUACACUGUUUUAAAAUCGUUAGUUGAAUUUUGCUACACUGCGUCAGUCAAAGUAGAUACCCAGAAUGCAUUGGAACUUUUAUCUGCAGCGAAUAUGUUGCAGUUUGAGGGUAUCAAGCAAUGCUGCAGCAAUUAUCUUCAAACCAAGUUGGACGCACAUAACUGUUUAAACAUCUCAAAUUUUGCAGACUUACACACGUGUUAUAGUUUGAAAGAGAGCGCAGAUGAUUUCAGUAAAACUCAUUUUCGCGAGGUUAUCGAAAGCGAUGAGUUUUUAGAGAUACCAGUCGAACAAUUAAAGAGUUUACUCGCCAAUGAUGCUAUAGAAGUAAUAUCUGAAAAGGAUGUAUUUGAUGCUGCCGUAGCAUGGGUUAAACACGAUGAAAAAUCUAGAAAAAAGUAUUUUACAGAAUUGCUGGGUAUGGUGAGAGUGACUAAUCUACAACCAAAAAUAUUAGUUGAACACUUAGAAAGGCAUCCCUACGUUCAAGAAGAUCAAAGAUGUUUACAAUUUGUAAACGACGCUAAAACAUAUCAACUUCUCCCGAGCUAUAGAGAGGAAAUGUCCCAGUUUAAUGUAAACCCGAGGCUGUUAAAGACUGAUUCGCGGAUAUAUUUGAUUGGUGGAGAGACUCGGAGUCAGGUUUUCGAUUCUAUGGAAUGUUAUUCGUUUCAUGAUUCGAAAUGGUUGCAGAUGGCAAAGAUGUCCCGACCUAGGGAUGGUUUGGGUGUAGCAACAUACGAUGGUAAAAUAUUUGUAUCUGGUGGCUACGAUGGGCAAGACGCUUUGAGUGCAUGUGAAUGUUACCACCCGGAAAGAGACGAGUGGGAAAAUAUCGCACCAAUGAACUUUCCACGUCACGCGUUUAGUAUGGCAGAACUUCAUGGUUGGCUGUAUGUGGGAGGCGGUAGCGAUUUCGUGAAUACAGAAUAUAACAGUGUGGAACGCUACGAUCCAACAAGAGAUGAAUGGCUGUCCGUUGCAAGUAUGUCUAGUAAACGAGAAGGAUUAGUGCUCGUGUCGCACGAUCAUGUAAUAUACGCACUCGGUGGUGAAAACGGUGUAUCGAUUUUGAACACUGUCGAAAGAUACGACCCUCGCACAGGAAUAUGGUAUAAUUGUGCAUCGAUGGGUUACAGAAGAAGAUAUUUCGGUGCCGUUGAAUUAGACAAUAAAAUUUAUAGCAUCGGCGGUAGUGAUUAUGAAGAGGAUUUGAAUACUGUUGAACUUUUCGAAGCUCGCUCUAAUCGUUGGAUACCGAUCCCUUCCAUGAAUAGACGACGCGAAAGUGUCGCCGUAGUCGCAACAGAAGACAAGAUAUUUGCGAUGGGUGGCGCAUGUGUGAACAAAGAAACGGACACGGUUGAGUGCUACGACCCACAGUUGAAUAAAUGGGAAUCAUUUUGCGUUAUUCCAAGAGCUAAAGAAGGAAUGGGUGCUGUCGCUUUGUAAUUGUUUUCAAAACUUUGUAACUAUAACUUUUGUUUGAUUGUAUAUUAUUAAAAGAGAUUGAGUAUAUUUGUAAAUAAUCCCUUAAAAAGUAAUACGACUUUAGAAAUUUA